AUGAGCAGCAACAACAACCAAUAUGAAGAUUUAACACUGCCACUAAACUACCAAGAACAAUUACGACGUCAAACUAUUAUAAAUUCAAUGGAGAACAAGGAUUAUUUGUUGAUUAUAGCAUCACAACAAAACAAAUCCGUGCAACAAGUUAAGCAUGAGCUCAAGUUGAAGCUAGUGAAUGAAGGUUGA